GAUAAAAAUCAAUCCGGUUACAUACAAGUACAUUAUGAACAGCAAGGACAAUCUGCACAAGAUUUAAAGCCUCCCAAGAAGCACAAUGUCUAGUGAUUACUCCUCAGAGGACGACGAUCCGAAUGAAAUUGAAAAUGAUUUCAGGCCCCCGAAUAGUAGCAAGGGUCCCAUCCAUACAAAGUUAUCAGUGGAAGAACUUAGGGAAUUGUUGGAGAGUGAACCUGAUGUGUAUAAAAGAUGUAGAAUAAGUACCAAUGCUGUUGGUAUGGGGGAGGCAACACCACUAGAUGAUGAAGGUCUCCCCAUCUUGCUCUCAAAUAGAAAAUCACAGGGAAGAGCGUUUGAUGGAGAUGAAGUUGUUGUCAAGAUAAUACACCAUGGCAAUAGAAAGGAGAGGUAUGGGAGCGUUGAAGGAAUAACAAAGCGGGAUUAUGAAAUAAAGGAGAAAAAGUUUGUUUGUCGAAGAGACGAAGCCAACCCACAGUAUAUGAUCCCAGUUGAUGAAAAAGUUACUAAAUUUUACAUCAAUUACCGAAACCGAAAUGGUUACAGACCUGGUGGUUCUAAACAAGGUGGAUCCCACAGAAAAGAAGCUGACCUGUUUGUCGUACAGUAUGUUAAUUGGUCCCAAUACAACUGGUACCCACAGGGAAAAAUUGUUGAAACCAGAAAUUUUUCAACGAAUGGUAUUUCACUCAUCAAAGAAAUGUGUGACAUACCUGGUAACUUUGAGCGCGACAUUGAGUCAGCUGCAGAGAAGUUGAUUAAACCUGCCAUCUAUAGAAAUGAAACACCUCGACAAAAUAUGACACAUUUAGAAGUUAUUACAAUUGACCCAGAGUUUACAUCAAAACACGAUGAUGGAUUGAGUGUUGAAAGCUGCCACGAGCAUAAUGACUGCUGGAUUAUUGGCAUUCACAUUGCAGAUGUUGCUUCAGUCAUCCCAAGUGAAGAUCCAGUAGAUUUGGAGGCAAAGAAACGAGGUGUCUCCUAUGAUGAUAAGAAUAAUAAAUCUUUAGAAUCUGCUUCAAUAUUUCCACGUUGUGUUAUCGAUGGAUUAAGUUUAAACUUAAACAAAACAAGAGACGCCGUUUCUUUGUUCGUUCAUUCAUCUGUUCCUGUUUUAAAAAGAAAAGAGGGAAAAAAUGAUAUAAAACGUGGAAGUUACAAGUUAAUGAAAACAACUGUAAAGGUUCACCAUAAUUUAACCUACAAAGAUGCAAACACAAAUAUUAAAAAGAAUCUAAAUGGAAGCUGCCUACACACCUAUGGUGUGUCUAAUAUUCUAUACAACCUUUGGAAAACAAUGUGGGCUUUCCGUUAUCAGCGUCUUGGCCUUGCUGCAUUUUAUCAUCAAAAGUUUGCGAGUCCAUGUGAAAUAGAAACCUCUCUAAGUAGUCUGUGUGUAGAAGAAGCAAUGAUAAUGUACAACGCAUGUGCUGCACAUUAUCUUAGGCACAAGAAUUGCCAAUUUAUUGCUCGAGUAAUGGAGAGACCUUCAUGUGGUGAUGUGAGAUCUUGGUUAAGUUCUUCAUCAUCAAUUUAUCAACAAAGUUGUAAGGAAUGUCUUUCACCUGGAUGUAGUAUAUCUUGUAAUGGGACCGAAGUACAAAUCUUACAAACUACCUUGGAUGAGAUCAAGCAAGCCCUGCACGACAAUGAUAUCGAAACUGCCGUUUUCUUGGCGUGUUGUGACGACAAUAUUAAGACAUUUAUUCCAAGUCUUAACAGUUAUAGAGAAAUGAUGAAAAAAGUUGAGCAUAGAGAUACUGGUAACUCAGGAGGUACUGAGCAUUUUGACUUACGUUUGCCGAUUUACACACAAUGUACUUCCCCCCUGCGCGUUUAUUCACAACUUGAAAUACAAAGGCAAAUCAUUGCUGUGUUGAGGGUCGAACAUGAAAACGUGAUGUUGGAAAAGGAGAAACAGAGUCGAAGACAAAUUGUUCUGCCUUAUGUACCUCCAACACGUUCCCUUCCCACUGUAGUUUUUGGCUCACCAGUACGAAGAGUUUAUCAAUCUCCUUCACAAUCUGUUAGUACAGAGUCAGACUCAGAUGAUGGAAGUUAUUACGAAGAAGAUGGAGACAGCCAAGCGUCAACUGAAAUAAGCAGUUGCAGUUCUUUAUACGAACCUGUAGACUUGAACUAUCAUAUUCGAAUGGAAAGAAAACUUCAAACGUUUAGAAGCUUGAUUUUAAAUCAUAACUUAAUGAAGAAGCUGAGGCAGAAGCCAGCAAUUUUCACUGCAGUGAUAAUACAGGUUACUGAAACCAGUCUAAAGUUUUCUAUCUUUGGUGGAAUUAAUAUUUAUGAUCCACAAUUCAAUUCUAUCAACAUAAACCACCUGAAAUACAAAUUGAAGGAAAAGGGAAAAGCGUUUACAUGGAAAUUUAGGUAUUAUGAUAUGAAAGAUGACGAUGUUAAUAAUUACACAACAACCUGCAAGCUUCUAGAAGUUUCUGUCAAAACUUGGACAGAUUUUACUUCUUGCUUGGCUGAGGAAUACAGCAGAGAAGUAAAACAGAAAUUGCAAAAAAUUGUGGAGGAAGCAACACCAAGUAAUCUAUUAACACAAAACAAAUCUGGAUCUUGUACCAAAGAAACUGCAAGAUGUAAAAAAAAAUGCAAUUGCCCAGACAAGAUGUUUUACCAAACACCGAACAAGUUAUGGCAUGGUCGUGAAAUAAAGUUGGAAGCAAAAUCUGGAUCUCUGCUAGAAUUCCAAGUCUCACAGGGCAUUGAACGGGGCAUAUCAAGCCCUGUGAUUCAACUGCUCAAUUUGGCACCAGAUCUGGAUGUAUGUCUGUCACAUCAGAGGCAUAUUACUAUGUUUGACUUCGAGUAUACAUACGAUACACCCCUACAACCAGAGUUGGAGAGUUACUUUCGCAAAUGGAUAGCACUUGUUCAAAAAGAAGCUUUGUAUUCGGCUGUCAAAAGCAACCAGUCCAUUAUAUUACAGAAUCUUGAUGUGGAAAUUAAAAAAACACCAAGAGGGACAUUGGUUGGUAGUUUUGAUUUAGAGCUUGAGCGUAUGAAACAUUCCUUCUUUGAUGUGAGACAAGGAGAUUACUUAUGUUUGCGAGGAAAGAAAUCAAAACAAGACACCACAUCAUGGGUAGCUCAUGCCGUAGUGACUAAAUCAAAGAAACCUGUAAACCCAAAUGUCAAGUUCCAACAAGUUGAAUUUGAGAUUUGUCCUUCCGUUGGAACAUCCAAGCCACCCAAGCUGAAGUUGUGUCUGACUUGUGAGGUCAUACCACUGUCUGUUUCACACAGGCGAAUGAUUGAUGCAUUGAAGAUCGUUUGUGGUUCAGAUGACCCAAUAUUUCAAAAUAUAUGUGAGGGCAACAUUGACAAUGAUCCUGAUGGAAAAUUUGAUGUUGAAAACUUACUACAUGAAGUGGACCACGUUCAAAUCCCCGGCUUUCCUUAUCGAUUGAAUGAAGUCCAAGCUAAAGAAGUGAAAAAUGCGAUGAAAAAUCAGUUUACUCUCAUACAAGGACCACCAGGCACUGGUAAAUCUUACAUGGGUGCCCAGUUGGCUUAUUUCCUUUGGAAAUCAAACGGUCAACUCAACAAAAAGAUAUUAUAUUGUGGUCCUUCCAAUAAAUCUGUGGAUGUGGUAGCAGGUUAUUUGAAAGACGUGGUUGGCCCAAAAGUAAUAAGAGUGUAUGGAGCUUAUCAAGAAGAGAAAGAUUUCCCAAUCCCAAUCAAACCGUUUAUUAAUUACACUGAUUGUGCAAUGCCUGACGCUUCUAUUCAAGAAAUUACUCUACACCAUGUGAUAAGACAACCAGGGAAACCAUUCGCUUUAAAACUGAGGCAAUUCGAUAAUAUGUUUAAGAAAGAGAAUGCUAGGUUGCAUAAUUGGGAUCAAACUGAAUGGUAUAAGAAAUACACAGAAUACAAAGAUAUUUUAAGAGAAGCAAAAGCAGAAGAAAUAAAGACUUGUGAUGUCAUAUUGUGCACAUGCAUAUUGUCAGGAGGCCCCUUGGUUUCCACACAGGAAUACGCCCAAUGCAUUGUAGAUGAGUGCGGGAUGUGCAGUGAACCAGAAACCCUUGUUCCAAUAGUUGCUUCACAUUCAGAGAAAACGCAGAUCAUAUUAAUCGGUGACCACAAGCAGUUGGAUCCAAUCGUUGUGUGCAAAGAAGCUCGUAUGGGGGGGCUUGGAGUCUCAAUGUUUGAAAGAUUACAGAUGUUUGCCAACCCACUAGUUGUGCAAUACAGAAUGAACCCAGUCAUUUGUAAAUUCUCUUCUGAUCAGUUUUAUGGAGGGAAACUUGAAAACGAUGAAAAAGUGAAAUGCUUCAAGGGAUGUGGUAGGUUCUUGAAGAUACCAGCAUUCUUUGUCCAUGUUGACGGCACUGAACAAGAAGAAGAGGAAAGCAAGUCAAAGUACAAUCAGGAUGAAAUUAAAACGGUUGUUGCAAUGCUUGACGAACUACACGAAGAUGAUGUCUCCCCAUCUAAUAUAAUGGUUCUUUCACCUUACUUGGCGCAAUGUGCUAGAAUUCGUAAAUAUCUGCACGAGGGAGAACAUGAACUGCAAGAUGUACAUGUUGGGACAGUAGUUACCAGUCAAGGUGAGUUUUUACUUAUUUUUGUAAGUUUUAUUUUAUUCUUUGUGGGUGAGGUCCUUGUCAAAUCCUUGGAUUUAGGCCAGAUUUAUUCCUAAAGAAUUAUAGGCCAGAAAUUUUUACUCAAUUGGAU